AUGGACUCGGACGCCAGCCUGGGCUCCAGCCGCGCGUCCUCGCCAGAGCCCGACGAGCUGUUCGUGCCGGGCCGCGGCAAGGCGGGCUCGGGGGGCGCCGCCGUGUCCAGCUCCACGCCCGGCGAGUCGGCGGCCGAGCUGAGCGCCGAGCUGCGCAGCGCCAUGAGCGCGGCGGGCGUGGUGGUGGUGGCGGCGGCGGACAAGCUGGCCUUCAAGGCAUCCUCGGCCUCGUCCUCGUCGUCCGCCUCGCCUCCGGGCUGCAAGAAGGACAAGAAGCAGAUGACGGAGCCGGAGCUGCAGCAGCUGCGCCUCAAGAUCAACAGCCGCGAGCGCAAGCGGAUGCACGACCUCAACAUCGCCAUGGACGGGCUGCGCGAGGUGAUGCCCUACGCGCACGGGCCGUCGGUGCGCAAGCUGUCCAAGAUCGCCACGCUGCUGCUGGCGCGCAACUACAUCCUCAUGCUCACCAACUCGCUGGAGGAGAUGAAGCGCCUGGUCAGCGAGAUCUACGGCGGGCACCACGCCGGCUUCCACCCCGCCGCCUGCCCCGCCGGCGUGGCCGCCCACGCCGCGCCGCUGCCGGCCCACCCCGCGCCGCACCCCGUGCACCACGCGCUGCUGCCGCCCGCCGCCUCCGGCGCCGCGCUGCCCGGCAUGCGGCCCCCGCACGGCCUGCUCAAGUCGCCCUCGGCCGCUGCCGCCGCCUCGGCCCCGCUGGGCGGCGGCUUCCAGCACUGGGCGGGCAUGCCGUGCCCCUGCAGCAUGUGCCAGGUGCCCGCGCCGCCGCACCACCACGUCUCCGGCAUGAGCGCCGCCAGCCUGCCCAGACUCACCGGCGACACCAAAUGAGCCCCCUCGGCGGGCGGCGGGACUCAGCCCCCGGCGGGGCACCUCGGAGCCCGCGCCGCCCGCGGACUGAGCGCGGGGGCCGGCACGGCUCCCCCUCCCUCCAGCACCUGGCUCCUUCCCUGGGCUCUGCUCCCACCUGCCGUGGCAAGCCGCCGGCGUUUUCUUUUGAAGGGGCGGGAGGGAGGGUUGAAAUAAAUCCAUGUGCAUCUCUCCUUUUUAUUUUUUUAACUCGGCUACUUCUAGGCGCUGCUCGGACCGAGGCACCGGCGCUGCAGACGGCUCGGGGCACGUGGAGCAGCGGGUCCCCGACUGGGCGGCCCGACCCGCGAUGGGGCCGCGGGGGUGGGGGACCUGCUGGGGAAAUGGGGCCGUGCUGAGGACAAGUUUGGGAAGCGCUGUCCUAGAGAAAGCCUAGCGUCUCCAGUCCCAACGUGUCCUGCAGACAUCCAAUCCUACGGGAUCCUGGAGAAGCCGGGCUGGGAGAGAGGGAGCUCCAGAGGGCAUCGAGUCCUUUGUGUCUUAUUUUGGGGAGAAGGUUCUUUGGGUGAAUCUGAUAUCUUUUAUUAGACCAACUUAAAUAGUUGGAAACAUUUUUCUUAGCAAGCUUUAUUUGGGGGAGGGGU